AUGCUGCCGGCCGCCACCCGCUCGAUCGAGGGGCUGCUCGUGGGCGGCGCGCACGUCGCGGCGGACGAGCUGCAGCGGCUCCGGCGGAAGCUCGACGACACGGCGAGCCUCGCGGCUGACGCCGAGGCGAGGCAGGGCAGCGACGCCAGCGCCAGGGCCUGGCUGCGGGCGCUCCGGGAAGUCCUGUACGAGCUCGGCGACGCCGACGCAGACUUCCGCCGCGCAGCCGCUCAGCGGCAGGAAGGCCGAAAAUCGUUUCGCCACUGGUUCACGUUACAGCCGAACGUCAAUGGCAUCCGUUACAAGACUUUGAGGACCAGCAUCAUCAGCCUGAAUAUGAAACUGGAUGGUAUUUUGAAUAAGGGUUCCGAACUCGGGCUUCUAUCAGAUAGUCAUGAAACCCUGAAUGAAAUUUCUGAAUUCUCUGGACAAGUGGUUCCUGAUGAUCAUGCAGUUGGCGACAUUGAUAGUGAAAAGAAUAAACUGAUUGACAGGCUCACAGACAGGCAAAGUGCUAACGGUGUUGUCGCCAUCCUCGGGGCUAGUGGAAUGGGCAAAACUACUUUGGCAUGGAAAAUACAUGAUGAUCACCGCACAAGAAAUGCUUUUAGUAUGAUUGUGUGGGUUAAUGUCUUCAGUGACUCUGAUGAUAUUGGGUUACUGUCUGCAAUUGUAACAGCCGCCGGUGGGAAUCCCAGAGGAGAAAAAGACAGGAUGAAGCUUGAGGCCAUCUUGGCUGCUAUGCUUAUAGGUAAGAGAUUCUUACUGGUGCUUGAUGGCCUGUGUGGUCAUCAUAUUUUUGAGCAUUCCCUUGAUGCUCACUGGCAUGUUUUCGGUCACGGAAACCGGAUUUUGAUCACCACUCAGGAUGAAAGUGUUGUGACAAAAGUGAAGCCUGCCUACAUCCACCAGGUCAAGGAAUUGACAUUUCAGGAUUGUUGGUCCUUACUUUGCCGUAGUGCACAUCUCGACGAGAGCAUUCAUGGGAACAAUUUAAGGAAUAUAGGAAUAAUGAUUAUCCAAAAGUGUAACAAGAUUCCAAUGGCUAUUAAGAUCGUAGGCGCUGUCCUAAGAACGAAGGAGCAAACCAAAGUGGCCUGGCAGAGAGUGUAUGAAAGCAAAGGGUGGUCUUUGAGGGACCUUCUAGAUCCUUUAACUGGGGCCAUUUAUUUGGGCUACCAUGAUUUACCGGCACGUCUGAAGCAAUGCCUAAUUUAUUUAUCACUGUUCCCUGAAGGCUCUGUCAUUAGGCAGCAGUUUGUUGGUCAACUGUGGGUUUCAGAGGGAUUCAUUGAGGAACAAGAUAGCUGCAAUGCUGAAAAGACUGCAGAUGAGUAUUACAGGGAGUUGGUAUCAAGAAAACUUAUGCAACCUGAAAUUGGAAACCAUGACAUAACAAGAUGCACUAUGCAUAAACAGAUCAGAUCAUUUUUACAGUUCUUUUCGAAAGAUGAAAUAUUCUCUGGCAACCUGAAGCCUAAUAUCAAUGGGACUUCCAUUGAAGGGCUGCGUCAUGUGUGGCUUAGAAGCAAUGAGCCAGCUACAAACUUGGAAGAAAUAGUAGCUCUAUCUAGCUUGAAGACAGUUAUUCUGUACAAGAACCCAGUGGGCAAUCAUGGCUUACAUAAGCUGUUCCAGGGAGUCAAAUAUUUGCAAGUGUUGGACCUAGGUGAUACUGAAAUUAAGUACAUUCCGUCCACACUGGAAUUUCUAGUUCACCUUAGGCUCCUUAAUCUUUCACUGACCCGAAUUACAGAGCUUCCAGAGUCAAUUGAGUGUCUCAGAAAUUUACAGUUCUUGGGUCUUCGGUACUGCAAUUGGCUGCACACUCUUCCAAAAGGAAUUGGCAAGCUGCAGAAUUUGAGAAGUCUUGACCUUCGAGGGACUAGCUUACAUCAAGUCCUACCUACUUUGGAAAAUCUGAAGCUGCUCUCCACGCUACAUGGUUUCAUUGUAAAUUGUAUGCCCAAUCGCGAGGAUGAUCCAAGUGGAUGGCCUUUGGAAGACCUAAACUCUCUAAAUGCAUUGAGAAGUCUGCAGAUACUGAAGAUGGAAAGAGUCUCAGAUGGUUUGAGGAUGCAGAAAGCGAUGCUGGAGAACAAGUCUCAUCUGAAGGAGCUUGAACUAUGUUGUACCACUGAUGAUAGACAAGCUGAAGUAUGGGAGGAGGAUGCUAGAACACUAAAAGAAACAUUUGAUUGCUUUUCUCCUCCACAAUGUUUGAAUUCCCUUAAAAUGGUGAGCUACUAUGCGAAACUUUGCCCUGAUUGGUUACCUCAUCUCUCAAACCUACAGAGGCUUGUUAUUACCGAUUGCAAAUUCUGUGAGCAUCUGCCGGACCUGGGCCAGCUAGCUCAACUAAAGUUCCUUACCAUAACCGGUUUUUCCAAAUUACUUACCAUUGAGCAAGAACCAACAAGUGUCAAGCCGUCAUUUCCUAAACUAGAGCAGUUGUACCUUAAAGAUAUGCAGAUUCUUGAAUCAUGGACAGGAUUUGAAUCUGGUGAUAUGCCAUCCCUUGUGAAAUUUCGUCUGGAGAGUUGUCCCAAGUUAAGGUGCCUCCCUCUGGCAUCAAGUACUCCAAAGUCCUGA